GCAAGCCUUGGGGUGAAAAGCCGCCCGACCUGCGCGCGGUGUAGUGGGCGGACCGCGCUGCUGGAGGUGUGAGGAGCCUCGACUCGGGUUGGGGGGUGGAGGCGGCUCCUGCGACCGAAAAGGACUUGCGACUCGCCGGCCACUCACCAUGAGGGUUCUGUGGGUGCUGGGCCUCUGCUGCGUCCUGUUGACCUUCGGGUUUGUCAGAGCUGAUGAUGAAGUCGAUGUGGAUGGUACUGUAGAAGAGGACUUGGGGAAAAGCAGAGAAGGCUCAAGGACAGAUGACGAAGUCGUGCAGAGAGAGGAAGAAGCUAUUCAGUUGGAUGGGUUAAAUGCAUCACAGAUAAGAGAACUUAGAGAAAAAUCUGAAAAGUUUGCUUUCCAAGCUGAAGUUAACAGGAUGAUGAAACUUAUCAUCAACUCUCUGUAUAAAAAUAAAGAGAUUUUCCUAAGAGAACUGAUUUCCAAUGCUUCUGAUGCUUUGGACAAGAUCAGGCUCAUUUCACUAACUGAUGAGAAUGCACUUGCUGGAAAUGAAGAGUUAACAGUGAAGAUUAAGUGUGACAAAGAGAAAAAUCUUCUGCAUGUCACAGACACUGGUGUAGGAAUGACCAGAGAGGAGUUGGUGAAAAACCUUGGUACCAUAGCCAAAUCUGGAACAAGCGAGUUUUUAAACAAAAUGACAGAGGCACAAGAAGAUGGUCAGUCAACUUCUGAACUGAUUGGCCAGUUUGGUGUCGGUUUUUAUUCUGCCUUCCUUGUAGCAGAUAAGGUCAUUGUCACAUCAAAGCACAACAAUGAUACCCAGCACAUCUGGGAAUCAGACUCCAAUGAAUUCUCUGUGAUUGCUGACCCAAGAGGAAACACGCUGGGUCGUGGGACAACAAUUACUCUGGUUUUAAAAGAAGAAGCAUCUGAUUACCUUGAAUUGGAUACAAUUAAAAACCUCGUCAGGAAGUAUUCUCAGUUCAUCAAUUUUCCCAUCUAUGUGUGGAGUAGCAAGACUGAGACUGUUGAGGAGCCCUUGGAAGAAGAAGAAACAGCAAAAGAAGAGAAAGAAGAAUCUGAUGAUGAAGCUGCAGUAGAAGAGGAGGAGGAAGAAAAGAAACCAAAAACUAAGAAAGUUGAAAAAACUGUGUGGGACUGGGAACUGAUGAAUGAUAUCAAACCAAUAUGGCAGAGACCAUCCAAAGAAGUAGAAGAAGAUGAAUACAAAGCUUUCUACAAAUCAUUUUCAAAGGAGAGUGAUGAUCCCAUGGCUUAUAUCCACUUUACUGCAGAAGGGGAAGUUACCUUCAAGUCAAUUUUAUUUGUGCCCACAUCCGCUCCUCGUGGUCUGUUUGAUGAAUAUGGAUCUAAGAAGAGUGAUUAUAUUAAGCUGUAUGUGCGCCGAGUAUUCAUCACAGAUGACUUCCAUGACAUGAUGCCCAAGUACCUUAAUUUUGUCAAAGGUGUGGUGGAUUCAGAUGACCUCCCCCUCAAUGUUUCCCGUGAGACUCUUCAGCAACAUAAAUUGCUCAAGGUGAUUAGGAAGAAGCUUGUCCGAAAAACUCUGGACAUGAUCAAGAAGAUUGCUGAUGAGAAAUACAAUGAUACUUUCUGGAAAGAAUUUGGCACCAAUAUCAAGCUUGGUGUGAUUGAAGACCACUCGAAUCGAACACGGCUUGCUAAACUUCUUAGGUUCCAGUCUUCUCACCAUGCAACUGACAUUACUAGUUUAGACCAGUAUGUGGAAAGAAUGAAGGAGAAGCAGGACAAAAUCUACUUCAUGGCUGGCUCAAGCAGAAAAGAGGCUGAAUCCUCUCCGUUUGUUGAGAGACUUCUGAAGAAGGGCUAUGAAGUUAUUUACCUCACAGAACCUGUAGAUGAAUACUGCAUCCAGGCCCUCCCUGAGUUUGAUGGGAAAAGGUUCCAAAAUGUUGCCAAAGAAGGAGUGAAGUUUGAUGAGAGUGAGAAAACCAAGGAAAAUCGGGAAGCAACAGAGAAGGAAUUUGAGCCUCUGCUCAACUGGAUGAAGGAUAAGGCCCUGAAGGACAAGAUUGAAAAGGCUGUGGUGUCGCAGCGCCUCACAGAGUCUCCCUGUGCCCUUGUGGCCAGCCAGUAUGGAUGGUCUGGCAACAUGGAGAGGAUCAUGAAAGCACAGGCCUACCAAACGGGCAAGGACAUCUCUACAAAUUACUAUGCCAGUCAGAAGAAAACAUUUGAAAUUAACCCUAGACAUCCACUGAUCAGAGACAUGCUUCGACGGGUUAAGGAAGAUGAAGAUGACAAGACUGUCUUGGAUCUUGCAGUGGUUUUGUUUGAAACAGCAACACUUCGGUCAGGUUAUCUUUUACCAGACACCAAGGCUUAUGGAGAUAGAAUAGAAAGAAUGCUUCGCCUGAGUUUAAACAUUGACCCUGAAGCACAGGUAGAAGAAGAACCAGAAGAAGAGCCUGAAGACACAACAGAAGACACAGAGGACACGGAGCAGGAAGAGGAAGAGGUGGACGCGGGGACAGAAGAAGAAGAAGAAGAACAGCAAACAGCCAAGGAACCUAUAACAGAAAAAGAUGAGUUGUAAAUUGCACUCUCACCACGGAUCCUGUGUGGAGAGGGAAUAUGAAAUUUUAAAGUCAUUUCUUUUGAGAGACUUGUUUUGGAUGCUCCCCCAAGCCUCCUUCUCCCCUGCACUGUAAAAUGUUGGGAUUAUGGGUCACAGGAAGAAGUGGGUUUUUUAGUUGAGGUUUUUGUUUUUUGUUUUGUUUUUUUAACAUUCCUCCUGAAUGUAAAUUUGUACUAUUUAACUGACUAUUGGUGUAAAAUCUUGUCAUGUGUAUAAAAAUUAAAAAAAGAUCCCAAAUA